CGGCAAUCAGGUCAAAGGUUAGAGAUAGGGAGUGAUCAAUAGUAUCAACAGCGACCAGUUUUGAAUUAUAAUAUCUCAAUAAUCUCAGAUUAUUCCCGCUGGUUCGUCCUGAUUUCAGCAUAAACUCCUCCCAGCACAGUCAGCCACACAACGAGGCGGCGGACCGUUAAAGAGCAGACCCACUGAGGGCAACCUUCCAGAAGGCGGGGCCUCCGUGACGUAGCAGGAAGAGGCUCCCACGUGUUAUAUUGUGUAUCCGCACAGUUUUCUUGGUGAGGAUUUAUUUCUGUUUCUGUUGUUUUUAUUUUAAUCCACAUUUUGACAGACCGGAGGUCAGCAAGCGCGUGUAGGUCAUUGUUAAAGAUGGCGGAUAUUUCCUGUGCAGUGAAGAGAGGAGCUGCAGGACUUCCGUAGAAAAAUGUCCGGCUCGAGCACCAACACCAGGAGUUGAUCCCUGAACACCUGGUCCUCGUGUCAGUUAGAGGUAGAUUGAUCCGCUGACGUCACACGGGAGAUCUUGGUCUAAAGGAAACGAUGACGUCAUCAGCAGAGCAGCAGCUGUGUCUGAACAUCUGCAGUGUACCUUCAUCAUCAUCAUCAUCAUCACUGCCCUGCAGCAGGAAAUGGGCGAAACGCAAGAAAUGGACCUCGAAGAAGCAGAAACCAGAGAAGAAGAAGAAGAGCUUCAUCUCCCCAGAGGAAGAGGAGGAGGAUGAAGAGGCUCACCUGCAGGCCCCGCCCCCUGAGCUGACCCACGGAGCACCACAGAAGAAGAAGAGGAGGAAGGAGGAAGUGAAGGAAGGAGGAAGUGGCAGCAUCAAGACUUCCUCUCUGUUCAGACACAACCCAGAGAUCCCGGAGAUCCUCAGACCGGCCGUCGCCCAGCUGAAGGAGAAGGUUUUCACCUCCGACUUCUUCUCAGACCUCCACCUGCACCCCCACCUGGUGGCGACGCUCAACAAGGUUCUGAACGUCUCCAGACUGACCAGCGUUCAGCAGCAGACCAUCCCGGCUCUCCUGUCCGGACGGGACGCAGCAGUCCGGUCCCAGACGGGUUCAGGGAAGACGCUGUCCUACGCCGUCCCGCUGGUCCAGCGCCUGCAGGCCUCCGAGCCAAAGGUCAGCAGGUCGGAUGGCCCGCUGGCGCUCGUCGUGGUUCCGACCCGGGAGCUCGCCCUGCAGACCUACAACACCUUCCAGAAGCUGCUCAAGCCGUUCACUUGGAUCGUUCCUGGCAUUCUGAUGGGAGGAGAGAAGAAGAAAGCAGAGAAGGCCCGGAUCCGUAAGGGGAUGAACGUGGUGGUGUCGACGCCGGGCCGGCUGGCCGAUCACGUCCAGAACACGCUCAGCUUGGCGCUCGGCGCCGUGCGCUGGCUGGUUCUGGACGAGGCAGACAGGAUCCUGGACCUGGGCUUCGACCGGGAGCUAACGGUGAUCCUGAACGGGCUGAACAGAACCGGGCUGACCCGGCAGAACGUGCUGCUGUCGGCCACGCUGAGUCCAGGUGUGACGCGCCUGGCGGACGUCUGCUUGCGGGAUCCAAUCAGCAUCUGUGUUUCUGGCCCCGCCCCCUCUGACCCGCCCAGCCAAUCGGAGAGCUUCGCCGUUCCCGAGGCGCUGCAGCAGUUUGUGGUUUUGGUUCCCAGUAAGGUCCGGCUGGUGUGUCUGGCCGCCUUCAUCCUGGACCAGUGCAAGUUCUCUCAGGGCAACAAGAUGAUCGUUUUCGUGUCGAGCUGCGAAGCCGUCGAGUUCCUGCACCUGCUCUUCAGCUCCGUCCUGACCCGGCACGCGGCCAAUCGGGAGCUCAGCUUCCUGCGUCUCCACGGCAACAUGAAACAGGAGGAACGCUGCCAGGUUUUCCACCAGUUCUCCGCUUCCACCACUGGAGUCCUGCUGUGCACGGACGUUGCCGCCAGAGGGCUGGAUCUUCCUCAAGUCACCUGGAUUGUUCAGUACACUCCUCCCUCGUCGGCCGCCGAGUACGUUCACCGGGUCGGCCGCACGGCUCGGAUCGGAGGAAGAGGAAACGGCCUCCUCUUCCUCACUCCUGCUGAGGCCGCCUUCAUCACGGAGCUGGCCAAUCACAACAUCAGUGUCUCAGAGAUGAAGCUCCAGGACGUUCUAUCUUGUCUGAUGAGGGACGAUGCCUUCAAGGGGCGUGGGAAAUACCACAGCCAGACGUCGCCCCGGGCGCUGCAGCAGGACAUCAGGGAGCGCGCCACCGUCCUGCAGACGCAGCUGGAGGACUUCGUUCACUCCGACGCCCGCUGGGUGCAGGCGGCUAAGAAAGCGCUGCAGUCCUUCCUGCGGGCCUACACCACCUACCCCGCCUCCCUGAAGCAGGUGUUCCACCUGCGGCGCCUCCACCUGGGUCACGCCGCCAAGAGCUUCGGCCUCAGAGACGCUCCGCAGGGCCUGAGCCCCGGCCCUGCCCCCGGAGCCCGCCGGGGCCCCGGGGGCCGGGUCCACAGCAGGAGCCAGGACCAGACCAGGAAACGGGCAGGAAGCCCGAGGAAGAACCAGAACCAGAACCAGAACCCGGGGAGGCAACGGCUCCAUCCGGGUCACAGGGAGGCGGUUCUGAUCCGGUCAGAGUUCUCCAGCGGCUUGGAGGGAGGCGGGGCCAAGAGGAAGAGGAAGGUCACUGAGGAAGAGGAGGACUGACGAUGAAGGUGGUCCUGAACAGAACCGUCUCGGCCCGAACCCCCAGAAUCGCUCUGGUUCUGUCAGGCUGGACCUGGACCAGCAGACUGGGUUUUUCCUCAGAGUGAGACAUCCUGACACAGAACAUCUUUGAUCGGACGAAUUUUAUUUACAAUCAAAUAAAAAACAAAAAAAAG